AUGCGACGUCCACAGUCUUUGCCCGUGGCUCUCAUGGCAGUGAGGGCUUUGGUCCGAGGGAACAGGCCUGGAGACAGCAGAGACAGCAUCACCAGAGGAGGUCCCAGCAGCUUAGAUGAGGAGGGGUCGAGCACCUGGGAGGAGCCGGAAGUCACGCAACCCUCUCUCCGGGACAAACUCCACGUGAAAGUGGCUGCCCUGGUGGAGUUCCUGCUCCUCAAAUACCGCAACAAGCAGCCGACCCGCCAGGCGGAGAUGCUCCAGAUCCUCAGCAAAGAUUACCAGGACGACUCCCCAGUGAUCUUGGGCCAAACCUCCGAGUGCAUGCGGCUGGUCUUUGGCAUGGACGUGAAGAAAGUGGACCGCAGUGACCACUCCUACAUCCUGGUCAAUGUCCUGGGUCUCAUCUGUGAUGGGAUGCUGAGCGGUGAACAUGGCAUGCCCAAGACCGGCCUCCUGGUUUUGGUCCUGUGGGUGAGCCUCCUGCAUGGCGAACGUGCCCCCGAGGAGGAGGUGUGGGAAACGCUAGGGGUCAUGGGGGUGUAUGCCGGCCAGGAGCACAUCAUCUAUGGGGAGCCCAGGGAGCUCUUCACCAAAGUCUGGGUGCAGGAAGGGUACCUGGAAUACCGGCAGGUGCCUGGCAGCGACCCUGACCGCUACGAGUCCCC